UUUUCUCUCAUCUCUGUGUAAUGUGAAAUGUGAAUUCCAUUUUUCAAUUUAUGUAAAUGGAAAUAUAAUAGUGUAAAUCGUAGAUAUUAAUACACUAAAAAAAUUAAUGUAACCUAUAAGUUUAAUUGAGUUGGGCUUAGAUACAUUGAAGGCUUAAUAGAAAUUUGCAGAUUUAAUCCUUUCUAUCUAUUUAUUAGAAUGUGGGGUGAUUCUCUUUUGAUAGUAUUUAUUUCAAUAUGUACUGCUUUUCUCGGAGAAGGUCUCACUUGGAUAUUAGUGUACAGGACGGAAAAAUACCAGAAAUUAAAAGUCGAAGUAGAACGACAGAGCAAAAAAUUGGAAAAGCGGAAAGAAGCUCAUGGGGACUCUUUAGAUAAGCAACACAAGAAAAAAAUAGAACGUGAAGAAGAAAGACUUAAAAAUAACAAUAGAGAUCUCUCCUUGGUAAAAAUGAAAUCAAUGUUUGCAAUUGGUUUUGCUUUCACCGCACUCCUGAGCAUGUUUAACAGCAUAUUUGAUGGUAGAGUGGUAGCAAAAUUACCAUUUUAUCCUAUAUCAUGGAUUCAAGGGCUGAGCCACAGGAAUUUGCCUGGUGAUGACUACACUGACUGUUCCUUUAUUUUUCUAUACAUCCUUUGUACCAUGAGCAUAAGGCAGAACAUUCAAAAGCUACUAGGCUUUGCUCCAUCUAGAGCAGCUUCAAAACAAGGUGGUGCUCUAUUUGGGGCACCUCCAGCUCAGUUUAAAUAGGAAAAUUAAAAAAUAUGAUUAAGUAGAUCCUAGUUUAGUUGUAUUUAUUAAAACUUUUUUGUUGGGAUAUGUUUUGUGGAAAUACAAUUAAACAAUCUAUUGUGAACAUUUAUUUAUUUAACUAACAACUAAUUAAUAAAUAAAUUAUAAUUAUAAAUAUUAAUAAA